CGUACAUCAUAAUCUUCGGACGGGUCGGUGACCUUUCUUCGUUUCCGCUCUAUAGUAAUCUUCUUUGAGCCCGCUGUCGCGUAUUCUUUAUUUUCUAAAUCACCAUCACCAUCUCAUAACGGCCGCGCUAUGCCAGUCGAUACUCCCCUCACUUGUCCGCAGAGUGGACGCACGGGCUUAGGUUCCUGUUCCGUCUCACACGCUGGAAAUUCCGCUCGCACAAGAACGGGGCCGAGAGGAUGUGCGUUCUCUGGAUUCCAGAUGGAGGCACAGGGCAUGCUGUAUAAUUCACCCCAAGGACCCGAUGCAGCCGCGCAGCUACACGCUCAGGAACAGAAGACAAUGGUGGAGAUGUUGAUCCCCACCGCACCCACAAAGGAAGCCGUAAAAGGCCUCCGAAACGCCGACGGCCUGUGCCCCUCAGACCACGACAUCCUGGCCGCUGCCCUGGGGGCACCUGCUCGGCGUGUGCUGAUGAGGGCGGACGCUCUCGGUCCAAAGACGGGAUACCGUGACGGCUAUCUGACGAGCAAGUGGGGCUUUUGCCCACCGGAUCCCAGCGCUUCUCCGAUCGCUCUUGCUGCUUGCCCGGGGCGUAUGUGGUCGGAUCUGUGUGGACGCAUGCCCGGGCUCGUUGGAAGAGGAAAGAUUCGAGAGGCUAUCCUGGACCUUCCCACGGUGAUGGGAACGGAAGACGUUAUCCCGAACCAGGCCUUAUGGGCCGCGACGAUCUGCUUGGGUAUUCUAGCAUCGGUAUAUCGAUACGAGGAGAGGAACGACGGUCAUGAGGGAAUAGCAACCAUCGGCAGUGCCGCAAUAGCAUCUCAAAGUGCCAUAAUGCAGGAGGACGAGUGCGAGGAGGAGUUGAAAGGAAUUCCCAGGAAUAUAGCGAUCCCCUUUCGGACACUGUGCACAAGGAUGGGACGGCCUCUACCGCAUCUGACGCAAUACGACGUUUCCAUUUACAACUACAAAAUCAAAGAUCACACCAGCGUAUAUCCUUACGUCGCCCGAGCGGAAAAUAUGGACCUGAGAUGGCCAGUCUUCCAGGAUCGGGCCGAGGCGAUGUUCCUCUUGUGUAUGGCGGAAGUGCAUGGGUGCUUCACCGAUGGUGUGGAGAUUGUUACGAGGUGUCAAGAGAUGGUGAUGGAGAGAGACAACGAAGGCCUAUUGGUUGAGUUGGUGAAACUGAAGGGCAUCAUCGACCAACUCGGAUACGUCUUCCAUAAAAUUAGUGUUAAUCCCGGGAGUGGAGAGCUAUAUGCAAAUCCCGUAGAGUGGGGCCAAAGAUACGCAAAGUUCAGCGCGCCAUUAUCCAAGAGAGUGCCAGCGCUCUCGGGGCUCGCUCUUCCUCUCUUUCAGCUUAUGGAUGCGUUUCUCGGCCGAACAAAGUACGACACCUUCCUUGGCCUGGAAGCACUGCAUCUGAGGGCGUGGUUGCCUCUCAACCACCGCGCCUUUAUUGCUUCCUUCGAGCAGUAUUACCAGGUCCCGAAGUAUGUGGCAUCUACAGGUGACAAGCGUCUGAUCGGUGUGAUGGACGGGAUCGUGGAGUCCUACGCUGGCGAACGCGGUUUCAUGGGAACCCAUAGAUUUUAUGGGUUCCUUGAAGUGGUAGCAAAGACCGGCAGGACUGAAACUAACGGUAAUGCCGGUGGCCAAGAUACCGAAGGCCGUCCUUGGGAAGAAGUCCACCGAACUCUUUCGGAAUCGAUGAUCGAGCGGCUGGACCCAUUCCGCAGUUCGAUAUCGUUGAAGCCCCAUGAGAUGAGGGGCUGCUUUGAAGAGUGCCGGUUUAGAGCGACUAUUGCCCGCCGCGACUCCAUCGACAGAGAUCCGGACCGUUCGACUGGACAAGUGACGAUCGAUUUGAGAAAUACCGGCAUGACAUUUUGCCCUGGCGACAGACUAGCCAUCAUGCCGCUAAACCCGUGGAGAGAAGUUGCAAAGUUGGCGCAAGUUUUGGGUGCGACCGACCGUCUUGAUGAGAUUAUUUCGCUGGAGAUGGCGGAUGACUGGAAGCGGUUCUCGACGCAUGUGUCGGAUGUCACGCGGGAUCCAAAGACCGGGGAGUUCAGUUUGAGAGACAUCUUGCGUCGCGGACAUCUGUCUCCAUUGACAAAGGAGCUUGUACUAGCUAUACAUGUGAUGCUCCGCGCUUCCUCCUACGCGCUAUUAGAAGUUCUAUCUGCCGAGGCAUGGCCUGUGAGUGGCUCGCUCGGAGAUUUGCUUCUCGUUGCACGAUCAGACGUAUCUUCCACCCUUUGGGAUCAGGCCUUCCCCAGUGACCUGGCAUGGCUCCCCAAACUGGUUCACGUAGAAGUCCCGAGAACAUACAGCAUCUCUAGCCAUUCAUCCGAGCUCCUACCAAGCUUUAUCAACCUAACAGUAUCCCGGGUGGAGCACAAGCUGUGCUCCCUACUUGCUUUCGAUGGAAGUAAAGAUAUAGUCCGGUCCGGUGUCAGCAGUGGCUUCUUGAAUCCACAUCCAGAUGAAGAGGAGGACGAGGUCAAGGGGGGGUUCAAGGCCGUCAAGGGCAUUGAGGCAGAAACGGUCUUGAUUGGAAUAUCUCGUCCCCUCAACUUCCAGCUUCCUAUCUCUCCCGCCGCUCCCGUCGCCAUGUUUGCCGGCGGCUCAGGUAUCGCUCCUUUCCGGGGAUUCUGGCAGGCAAGAUUCGCCAGCGGCGCCGUGGGGAGGAACAUCCUCUUUCUCGCUGUUCAAUCUCGCAAGAAGUUCGUGUACGAGGAGGAACUCCGUGAACACGUGCGAUACGACGGCCUCGAGCUACACACAUCGUUCUCUCGGGACACGAAAGGUCUCGUUUACGACCAAAGCACACAGGACCUAGUUGAGAGAGAGACGGAGCCACGAUACCUGGACGCCGCCAUCAUCGAGAAGAGAAAUCUCAUCUGUGAUCUUGUCAUGUCGACGAAGCAGGGCGGGCUAGGUGGCUACCUCUUCAUCUGUGGCUCGGUCUCCGUCUACGAAACGGUCAUGAGUGGGAUAACGAAAGCGAUGUAUCAAACGAGGGGGGUUACGCAGAAGUCGGCCGAGGCACUCUUGGCUACUGCUUUCGCCGAGCGCAGGUUCAUGCUGGAUAUCUUCAUGGCCCCAAGGGCAAUGUCGUUUAAAGAGCCCAUCAUCCCGAUUUCCACGCUCUCUCGUUUCACGGGCCACAGAGAGGGAUCAAGGAUGUGGACCGGAGUACACGGCGCUGUCUACGACGUGACCGAAUUCCUUCCAAUCCAUCCCGGAGGCUCGAUGAUCGUCGCCGGCAGCGCAGGGCUCGAUGCAUCCAAAACUUUCGAUGAUCUAGCCCACACCACCAAUCCAGAGGUCACAAGUCUGCUUUCGAAAUAUUUUGUUGGUCACCUCGCUGCGAAACCAAAUUUCCACUCGCCAGAAUUGGGUGUGCUGUAUGAUGGCUGGCUGGGCUAUCUCCGAACGUGUGUAGAGAGCUUGACGACGCUUUCCUUCGAGGUCAAAGCCAUUAUGGCGGAUGCAAACAUCUGGUUCUCGGGUGGAAUGCUGAAUAUGGGCGGUGUUCGGAAGUUCUACCAGUUCCAGUCCCGACUGAUGCAAGACGGUUUCACGACUCUGUUCGGAUCGAAACUGCAAGAGCUCUACGUCAAACUUUCCUUCACGCUCGUCUCCGCGCACAACUCCGAUUCUCGCCUGCCAGACGUAAUGGGCAUUGUCGCUCGUGCCCAGUCUUCGGCAGCAUCCACCACUGCCCAACGAGAGAUCGCCCAAGUGGGCGAAUAUGUAUGCGACAGCUCCACGGCGCAGUCCUUCGAGCGGGGCAUAAUACAGUACGCCCAGGCCGUCACCGAACUCGACGUCCGCUUCCUCGAGCAAGUACGUGAGGAAAUCUGCACUGGCAUGGACGGCUUCGAUCUGGUCAUGUCUCUGAAGGGGGGAGCGGCAUCCGAGAAACAGCGUCUGUUCAAACUCGCCGCCUUCCUAGUCUCCCUCCUCGAACGCAUCGCGGAGCGUCUGGACACAUACUUCGUCGAGCUCUCGGCGCAGUCGCUCUACCAUCCCGAACUCGAACACAACCCGGCGCGCGCCCGGUGGCGUCUGGUUCGCCGGAGGAUACAGGACGGAAGCUUCUUCUUGUACACGCAGGACCUGACCCUUGACUCAGAGCACUUUGAUGCGUUCCCAACCAAGCCACUCUCCAUCCAGAAGGUCCCACGCGGGAGACAGCGAGAGAGCAUUUCAUUCGACCGAGUCAUCUCCCAAGCCAACGCCAUGGUCCAACAACAACAAAGCCCACACGUUCCAUCUCGCUCCCCGCGACUCCACUCUCCAUCCGCGCCCAGGAGACUAGCAGACUCGCACACCCUCCGAGCCUUCGACACCGGCCGCGGUGCCAGCAGCUACGAAAAACACCUCGACCGCAAAGCGGUAAACCGGGUGAGCACGUUCCUCUCCGGGAACCUCAAGGCGAUCCGGCGGCUCAGCCGCGUGGAUCUCACGAGCCUCGAGCACGCCAUGGGCCGUCCCAGUGCAAGGGAAAGGGAAAGAGAAAGAGAAAGCGAUCGGGAGGAGCGGUCGGGGAGCCGGGCUCCCACACCCGUGCAAGUGGAGCGGAGGACCCAUCUCCGCGACGAGAGUCGCGGCCGACGCGCGCACUCCCGCGAGCGCAGAGUGGAGGAUCUUUCAAGGAGUGCUAGCAGUGCGUCCUCAGGGUCUGGGGAGUCGCGGGGGUCGGCGCUGCCCGGGAGUCCGAGGGACUCGCUCAAGGUCCCGCUGAGAAGGGUCGGCACUGGUGGGUCCGCCAGGAGGAUGGACAGCUUCAGUGUUUCUGGGAGAAGCGACGGCGCCGCCGCCGCCGAGAGUGUAGCCCGCGCGUUGGAGGGAUUGAGGGU